UAGAAGAAGAGAAGACAAUAGAAACGGCUUCAUUUUCAUUGUAAUCUUGACAACUGCCACCCAUUCACCUCCUUUCUGGUUUUUCCCUUUUCUGUCUUCUAAUUCUAAAUUUAUAUGUUUUUCUCUUCAAAUCCCUAAAUUUUCUCUCUCUACCCCUCUUUCUCUCUCUUCUGAACCUAUUACCAAAAAUAAUUUCAGGGCUGUUUGUACCCUUUCCAUCCUCCUCGUCUGUCUGAAUUCUUCAACUAUUGAACACAGAUCUCCAUUUGGGUUUUAUUUUCUCCUCAAUUUAAUUUCAUCUGGGUUGCAUUUCGCGAGGGUGAUAGAUACAUAUACAUAUAUAUAUAGAGAGAGAAAGGGAGGGUGAGAGGAAGAUAUGUGCAGUGUAUCGAGAAUUUGGGAGAAAGUAUGUACGAUGGCUGAAGGGGGAUCUCAUUAUUGUUCGAAGAAGACCGAUGAUAUAUGCGGCGACGCGCGUGAGGAUUCGAGUCGAACAUUGAGCAUGACGAGAUUAAAGUGCAUUCUUCGCGGAGCAGAUAUAAAAGCAUACAUAUUCCUCUUCAUGCUAAUCCCGACGUGCGUAUUCGUAAUAUACAUGCACGGCCAAAAAAUAACCUACUUUCUCCGGCCGCUAUGGGAAUCUCCGCCGAAGCCCUUCCACGAGAUCCCCCACUACUACCAUGAAAACGUCUCGAUGGAAAACCUCUGCAAGCUCCAUGGCUGGGGGACCCGCGAAUUCCCUCGGAGAGUCUUCGACGCGGUCUUGUUCAGCAACGAAAUCGACAUGCUCAAGAUUCGUUGGAAAGAGUUGUACCCUCACGUAACGGAGUUUGUGCUUCUCGAAUCGAAUUCGACCUUCACUGGACUUCCAAAGCCGUUUGUCUUUUCAAAAAUUAGAGACCAGUUCAAAUUCCUCGAGCCCAGAUUGAAUUACGGGCGGGUACCGGGCAGGUUCCGGGCGGGCGAAAACCCGUUUGUCGAAGAAGCUUAUCAGAGGCUGGCGUUGGAUUAUCUUCUCAAGCAAGCUGGUAUUCAAGAUGACGAUUUAUUGAUAAUGUCGGAUGUUGACGAAAUACCUAGUCGGCACACGAUUAAUUUACUGAGGUGGUGCGACGGGGUGCCACCUGUACUUCAUCUCCGAUUGAAGAAUUAUUUAUACUCGUUCGAGUUUCUUCUCGAUAAUAACAGCUGGAGGGCUUCGGUUCAUAUUUAUCAAUCGGGCAAAACAAAGUACGCGCAUUACAGACAGUCGGAUGUGAUCUUGGCCGAUGCGGGGUGGCAUUGCAGCUUCUGUUUUCGGUACAUAAGUGAGUUUAUAUUCAAGAUGAAAGCUUAUAGCCAUGUGGAUAGGGUUAGGUUUUCUCAUUUCUUGAACCCGAAAAGAAUUCAACGUGUGAUAUGUAAAGGUGCUGACUUGUUCGAUAUGUUGCCCGAGGAAUAUACCUUCAAGGAAAUAAUCGGGAAAAUGGGGUCUAUUCCACAUUCGUAUUCGGCCGUUCAUUUGCCUGCGUAUUUAUUGGAGGAAGCGGAUCAGCUUAAGUUUCUUCUGCCCGGGAAUUGCUUGAGAGAGAGUGGUUGAAUUAUGUGGAAUUUAAAUUAACUGAAAAAGAAAAAAAGAAAACCGUAUACUUGAUUGUAUCGGUUUGAAGUGAAGAUUUGGCUCUCGAUGAAGGGGGUAUUCGUUUAACCGAUUUGAUGAUGACUGUGCGUGGAUUGCUUUUAUAACCAUGCUACAUGUCCAGAGCCCUUACGUAUAUCAUUCUUUUUCCUUUUUUUUUACAGGCGUCUCUUUUUUUUUCCUUCGUAAAAUUGGACAUAAUCUUCGGAUUUUCUAGAGUGAGUUUCUGUACAUAUUUUUUUUUUUUUGCUUAAGAGUUUGAUUUUCGUGCGAAUCGAUAGUUUUGAUGCGUUUAAAUGGGAAAUUAAUCGGCUGUGACAUGAACAAGUUGUUGUAACUAGUUUUACUCGUUUUCUCGUUACGGAUGUGAUUCGACUGCUUUA